AUGACUAUUCUCAUUGAGCAGCCUGAAUUUGGAGUUGAAGCUGAGGAAACGAAGGUCCCUGUUGAUGAAAAAGAAUUGGUGUUGGAUGGUGGAUUUGUUGUUCCACAGAUCAAUUCAUUUGGCCACACCUUUAGGGACUAUGAUGCUGAAAGUGAGAGACGGCAGGGCGUGGAGAACUUCUACCAUACCAAUCACAUUCACCAGACUUAUGACUUUGUUAAGAAGAUGAGAGAACAGUAUGGAAAAUUGGACAGGGUGGAGAUGAGCAUAUGGGAAUGUUGUGAACUUCUUAAUGAAGUUGUUGACGAGAGUGACCCGGACUUGGACGAGCCCCAAAUUGAGCAUUUGUUGCAAACCGCUGAAGCCAUUAGAAGGGACUAUCCUGAUGAAGAUUGGCUACACCUCACUGGCCUUAUCCAUGAUCUUGGAAAGGUGCUUCUUCUUCCUAGCUUUGGGGAACUUCCACAAUGGGCUGUUGUUGGGGACACAUUCCCAGUCGGCUGUGCUUAUGAUGAAUCAAUUGUCCAUCACAAGUAUUUCAAGGAAAAUCCAGACCACUACAAUCCUGCUUACAAUACUAAAUAUGGAGUUUACUCUGAGGGAUGUGGACUCAACAAUGUAAUGAUGUCAUGGGGACACGAUGACUACAUGUAUUUGGUGGCCAAGGAAAAUAAGACCACUCUACCUUCAGCAGGUCUUUUCGUCAUCAGAUACCACUCAUUCUAUGCCUUACAUAGAUCGGGGGCAUAUAAGCACUUAAUGAAUGAGGAGGAUGUUGAGAAUCUGAAAUGGCUUCAAAUAUUCAACAAAUAUGACCUCUAUAGCAAGAGCAAAGUUCGAAUUGAUGUUGAGAAGGUCAAGCCAUACUAUAUCUCUCUGAUUGAAAAGUACUUCCCUGUGAAGCUAAAAUGGUGAAAAGUUGAGAGCUUUGAAGUUUGAUGAGUCGAUGCAUGACAGUGAUUUGCUUCUAGCUAGCGAUUGAAGAAGAGAUGAUCUUACUUUUUGAGAUGAUGUAUAUUUCCUAUGUUUGGUAAUUAAUAUGUUGUAUUAAUAAAAGGCAAUAGUUGUGCUCUGUGCAGUUCUACUUUUUUACCUUAUAAUAAUCUUUUUUUGAUAAUAUUGUGCAGUUCUACUUUUAUUGCCCUUUAAUAAUCUCUGUUGACAAUAUUGUAUUAAUAAAUGCGCAUAAAAAUUUUCUUGUCU